GGCAUCUGGAUGCUUUGUCCGGUAGAUACGGCGAGAGACCGGCGAAUCUAUAAAGCCUGGUGACGUUUCAUCGAAGUUGAACUUCAAUUGCAAAGCCACAUACCUUUCUAACUCUCCCUACUACACGCUGCGCUCGUACUUUCUAUACAGUAUCUUCAAUCAAUCUUGUUAACAACCCAUGGCUUCCAAUCCUCCCGGACGCUGCUGUGCUAUCGGCGUGAAGCACGAGGGCGAGGCCCAGGGCGAAAUCAAGAAGAUCGGCGACGUACGAACGUACUUUUCCUACCCUGAAAACAAGAGCACUCAAAACGCUAUUGUGAUCUUCACCGACAUCCUGGGAAUAGAUUUCAUCAAUGUUCAGCUUGUUGCCGACCAAUUCGCCGCCAAUGGCUAUUUCACCGUGGUCCCUGAUCUCUUCAACGGAAAUGUUGUUCCUGUCAACCCCCCGGCUGAUUUUGAUCUCAUGAAGUGGGUUCAAACCGAGAUGCCGCACCCGCCUAAAGUUGACCCCAUCGUCGAAGCCACCAUUAGGCAUCUGCGCGGCGAGUUGGGCGUCAAGAGGCUGGGUGGUGUUGGCUACUGCUUUGGCGGAAAGUACGUGUGCCGAUGGUUGAAGGAGGGGAAGCUUGACGUUGGUUAUACAGCACACCCCAGUUUCGUGAGCACGGAGGAACUGGAAGGAAUCAAGGGCCCCUUGAGCAUCGCCGCCGCCGAGACUGACCAAAUCUUCCCUGCUGAGAAGCGUCGUGAGUCUGAAGACAUUCUCCAGAAGAUGAAUGUACCCUACCAGAUGAACCUCUUCUCUGAUGUCGAGCACGGCUUCGCGGUACGUGCGGAUCUGUCAAAGAAGCCAGCGAAGUUCGCGAAGGAACAAGCAUUCCUCCAGGCCGUGGCUUGGUUUGAUGAAUACAUCAAGCAGUAGAAUGUCUGCAAUGCCUUGGAUGGAAGAUGGAUCGUGCGCAUAGUAGCCACCACUGUUGAGAAAUGAACUGCUU